AAACAUAGCGUGUCUUUUGAUGCCCACCUGCUGUUUAGAAAUAAGCCAGCGGGCUUUAGGACCCAGAGCAGCGGCUCGUGUGUACAGAUCAAUGUGCUGCUUUGAGCUGAAUAAAAGUUGUGCUGGAUUCAGGCUGUUAAUACACAGCUCAGGUCGUGUGUCCUUUCAGUGGAUAUUACAAGCUCUGGACUAUAGUCAUUACCCAUUUAACGCUAUUCAUUUCUUCCUUCCUCUAUAAAAUGAUUGUGAGAUAUGUUCUGAAUUUAGGUUACGUGCUAAUAUGAGUGCAUGGAACAACUUUGCGCACAGGGGUUCACUUGUCUUGGAUCGGUCCAACCACCUGUAAGCGUCUGAAUGGAAAGUAUGUCACCGCAGCAGCACGUAAACAUCACCCAGAGCCGCUCUUCAUCACUCACUGAGGAGAUCAACAUGUGCGCGCAUCUGGAUACCAAGCGGAGGACGAAGGCCCUGUCUUGUCGCAGGCAGUCUGCUCCUUCCUUGGUCAUCAGCAAAGCACUAACUAGAUCCAGAACAAUAUCCAGGGAUAACAGUCUCUCUCCAGUCAGCCCGGAGACAUGCCUACUGGUGCAAUCGUAUCUUAAUCCUUCAAGGAUGUUUAUUAGUCAUGCAUACGUCCAGCUAAAGACUGGUCUGCAGACCCAGGAGAGGCAUAUUUUCCUUUUCACUGACAUCAUACUCAUCAGCAAAGCCAAAUCUUCAACCAACUUUAAGCUGAAGGCACAGACACGAGUUUCGGAAAUGUGGACAGCAAACUGCAUGGAAGAAGUAUGCGAAGGGAGUACAUGUCUUGACAAAAGCUUUGUGAUGGGUUGGCCAACCUGCAACUGUGUAGCCACUUUUAGCUCAGUUGAACAGAAGGAGAGAUGGCUUUUCCUUAUAAAAAGUCGAAUAAAAGAGGAGAAGGAGAAAGAUCAUCCAAAAACAAUCCCCCUUAAAGUGCAUGCCAAGGACAUGGGGAACUUUUUAUAUACAACCAUUGCUGUGAGCAAUUCUGACAGUGCCAAUGAAGUUAUUCGUCUCGCACUGCAGCAGUUUGGGAUUGUGGGUUGUGUGAAGGACUUCCAGCUGUGGGUGAGUUCCAGAAAAGACAAUGCUCCUUACCCUCUUAUUGGUCAUGAGUUUCCUUUCAGUAUCCAGAUGAGCCAUUUAAGAGAGCCUUUAGAUGAAACUGGUGAAAAUAGUGAUGAAGUAACUCCACCUGAAAGACAAAUGGAGCUACUUCUUGAGCAGUUGCAGACAGACAGUCAGUGCCAGUUCAUCCUGAGGCCAAGUCGGGUCGCUGUGGGCCAUUCUUUUGUUGUUGAUCCAGACCAAAAGCCGUUCAAAAGACGACGGUCACUCAUCAACUGGGCUUUUUGGCGUGGCUCGUCCAAUCAGCUGGAUGAUCCUCCAUUAUCACCUCAUCUAACCACAACUGAUAAGCUCUUUGGCUUGCCCCUCAGCAUGGUAUGCAAGGAUAACAGCCUUCCCAAACCAAUCAUGGACAUGCUAGUGUUUCUGUUCCAAGAGGGGCCGUUUACAAGGGGAAUUUUCCGGCGCUCUGCUGGGGCCAAAGCCUGCAGGGAGCUGAGAGACAAACUGGACUCAGGAAUCCAGGUUGUUCCGAUGAGCCGACAGUCUAUCUUUGUGAUUGCUGCUGUACUGAAGGACUUCCUGCGCAGCAUCCCAGGCAGCCUUCUGUUGUCAGAUCUGUAUGAGAAGUGGAUGGCCACCAUGGAUUUCUCUGACAAAGCCGAGGACAGUCAAAUAAAGGCCAUUCAGAGUUUGGUGAUGUGUCUUCCGUCUGAGAACAUCCUACUCUUAAAGCACGUAUUGGCAGUACUCUACAACAUUCAACUCCAUGCUGAAGACAACCAGAUGAAUGCUGUUAAUCUGGCCAUAUGCAUUUCUCCCAGCUUGCUCUGGUCCCCAGCUCCUAGCACCCCAGAGAUGGAAGGAGAAGGUACCAAAAAGGUCUGUGACUUGGCAAAGGUUAUGAUUGAAAAGUGCAUGGCGAUAAUGGAAGAAGACGUGACCACACUAUUCGAUGGAUUGCCUCUGAGCUGCAGUCAUGGAUCAGAUGUGUCCUCUUAUCAGAUGACCGACUCGUCCUAUGACAGCCUUGAGAAUGAGCUGAAUGACGACUCUGGAUCGCUUUUCCAGCCCAUGCAGAGAUCACGAGGCAAGCCAGACAGUCGCAGCUAUGACUCAGUCCUCACACUGAGUGAUUGUGACCUGGAUCAAACUGAUAUUGACCCAGACAUCACUAUAAACACACACCUUUUACUCCCAUCAGUAGUCUGCCCAGUAAAAGCAUCCCCGGCAGUGAGUCCAUCCACUCCUCACCUGCAUUCUCCAUGUAAGGAAUCUUCUUUUCCUAAGAGUAUUCGUCAGCUGAGACGAUCCUCUGAGCCUGCCAUUUGGAAUUCCUCAUCAUCCUUAAUCAAGCACCUAGAAGGUAGGGAACACCGAAAGAGCAGUUACGAAUGUGUGACAAACAAAGGCAAAAGUGAUGUAGAUGUAGAUCUUGAGGUUGAUUUAAACACCUUGAGGCUGGAGAAGAAGUGUGAUCCUAUUCAAAGGAAUCAGAAUGAGAGGAAUGCCCCUCAACAAACGAAAGAGAAACUGAAACCAUCACCUCUGCAUCUAGAUAGCAGCUGCGUAAAUCUCUCUUCCCUUGUGGCUUCACCAAUAUAUUCUUCAGUGAGCUCUCUGGACAGUGCUUCCUCUCAGUACUCUGCUGACUUCAACAAGCAUUGCCCUCAUAUAGUAGGUAGCUUUAAGUCAUCAGUGAAAUCUUCUCUCAGGCUCGCUGGCAUUGUGUCUGAAAGUUCUCCGGUUCCAAUCACACCUCCGAUGGAAUGUCCGCCUAAAGAGAAAUUAGACUGGAGCCAGCUGAGGAGCAGUCAUGGGCUACAUCCAAAUACCUGGCUUAGGAAAGAAAACAGACUUUCCCUGUCUAAAGGCAAAGAUAGCCUGGAUGACAAGGACAAUGGUGAUCCACUACUCCAUUCUGAAAAUUUCCAUACCAAGGAGAGGAAAGCGCAAGAACCAAGUGUUCUAUCUGCUAGGUCAAGAUCAACCAGCCCUAAUUGCUCUGAAGAACCCUUGCACGAAACACAGCAUUGCAGUUCAGUUUUUUCUUUCGCCGGCGAAAAAACACUAACGGUGAAAGAACUGAGAGAGAUUCACAACCAGGCAUGUUCACAGAGUAAACAAACUCCGGCACAGAAGUACUCUAAGAAAAACACACCAGGUGGUAAUACCACCAGUUUUCCACAGUCUGUGUUCUAUGGCCAAAGUGUUCGCCGCUUGGCCUUGUACAGAAAGAAAUCUUACUCACUUAUUCCUGUCGAGGAGAAAUCCCCUGUCCCUCAUUUCCUUCAACGUCGAUCAUCUGAACCUGGAGAGAAUUGUCUCGGGCUGGAUAGGGAGGCUGUAAAGAACCUGGAAGAUAUCCACAGGCAGGCUGUACGAAAACAACACACAUAUUCUGACACCCAUACUAAAAAACCUGAAGUGUCUGACCUGGAGAAAGAUGAUAAGCAUAGUAAACCCGGUGUUGGCCUGUCACCUGCUGCCACAAAGGCUGUGAGAAACUACUUCUUUUGGCAAGGAGGUGAAGAUACUGAGAGUAAUCUAAAGAAGAGCCAGGAAGUAGCGUUGGCUGUUGCCCAUGGCAAGCGGGAGUGGAUGAGGAGGUGCAGUGACACGCAGCUUGAAGACUUUGAAAAAAUGCUUUUUUCAGAGGAGUCUUAUGUCUAACUUCCUGGGUUCUAAUGCAGUAUUUCCCAAGUUCAGUCCAAGAACUGUCCAAGAUACAGUUAUCCCUGGUCUAUACAUCUGAUUCAGUAUAUUGGUCCAUUUGGUGUGUUAGACUAAAUAAUAAGAACAUAAAGUGUGUAAGGUACUUUAGGGCUAGAUCAGGAAAACACAUCUCUAAAUACAGUCAGCUCCAGAAUUAAUGGUGCCUUGGGUAAAGAUGGGUAUAAAAGGUUAUGAAAAAUGGUCUGUGUGGUUAAUUAGCUUAAUCUUUGUCUGUAAGGGAUCACAAUUACAGUAUGUUUUGCCCCUAAGCACAGUGAAGAGGUUAGAGAGGCAAAAAUGGAUCACAGUUGGAGAUUUGCAGAAGACAGCUGCAUUUUGGAGUUACCACGUUUCCAAAUCUACAAUUAGAAACCACUUCCAUGCCAACAAACUCUGUGGAAGGCGUACCAGCAGAAAAACUUUUCUUUCAUCUAACCACAAAAGUAAGUGCCUGGAGUUUUCUGGAUGGUACUGGAACUUUGACUGGAACUUAUGUUCUAGGGUAAGAUGAGACAAAAUAUAUUAUGAUGUUGCCAAAAUAUAUCGUCAACUAAUAUUCAAGGUGGGUUUUACGUAAAAAGAAGUUUCUUCGGUGUUCGAUAUGAUGGGCGAUCUGUGGGGUUUUAGAGCUGUUUUUAAUCCUAAGGCCCUGAGAAUCUUAUUAGGAUACAGCCUCAUAAACUCCAUGAAGUAUUGAAAGAUCGUAAAUUAACAUAUGACUGCCUUUCCCAGGAAGUUACAACUGGGUCUUGUUUGGAUCUCCGACAGUGAAGGACUAGGAUCUGAAACAUACAUCUAAAACCAUACAAAACUGGUGAAACUGCCAAAUAAUCAAGCGUUUAUUUUGUCCAUACAAAUCACCAGACCUAAAUGCAAGUGAAAUGGAUAGUCAAUAUAAGGAGCCAUAGGAGUAUCUGGAGAGAUUUACUAGUGAGGGGAGCUUUUUAUAUUCCUUUCUGUAUAUUCUCCACAGUUUAUAGGAGGUGACUAAGUGCUUAGAUUUGUUGGCAAAAGGAGUGCAAUACAAAAUGCAGGGUGACAAUAACUGUGAUAAAGUUUUUUUUUUUCUUUUAACCUCAAGGGUUUUCAAUUACCUUUUUUUUUUAAACCCAUAUCUAAAGGGUGCCAAUAAUUCUGGUAUGAUUGUAUUAAUAAGGAUUUGAAAUAUCUGGCCUGUUGUAUAUUCUUACUUUGUCUAUCAUGCCGUAAAUUUAAUUCUUAAAAAAUUACAUUUACUUUCUUUAAGCUUUAAAAGGGCUUUAGUUAGACGCUAUUGUACGGAAGCGUAUUGCAUUCACUUGAGUAAAAAAAAAUCAGAAUUAUGAGAUAAUUUUUCAAGAAAAAAAUUUUUUGCUCUGUUUUUCUGAAUUAACGACUUAAUUAUCUCAAAAUUAUGAGAAUUUUUCAGGAAAAAAUUUUUUUGCUCUGUUUUUCUGAAUUAACGACUUAAUUAUCUCAAAAUUAUGAGAUAAUUUUUAAAGACAGCAGUAUCUCCCAAUGUCUCAAACCCAAAGUAAAAUAAAACCGGAUUAAACUUGAAAGGCGGGACAUGUUUACUUCCAUGCAAUCCACAUUAAGUCGUUAAUUCAGAAAAACAGAGUAGAUUUUUUUUGACUCAAGUGAAUACAAUACGCUUCCGUACUAUUGUCAUUUUUUGUAAAACCUAUAAGAUUUUUGAUUAUUAUAUCAAUCCAAGAAAUGCAGUGAAGUGCAAUGACAUCAGGUGUAUGUAUCAUCUUACCAAAUAUAUAAUAAAUAUUUAAUUUAAGUUGAGGUAAGUAAAAUAAAUCUAUAGAUGAUGUAAACAGGGACAAUAGGAUAAAUUAUGUGGCAAAAAGACCUUAAAUAAUACUAUGUAAAGAUCUUUAAAGGGAAUUAUUACAUGUAAAUCGAUUAUUUAGGUUACAUUAUACUCUACUCUGACUCUACUCUAUCAUUUUAUUAUAUUAAAAUAAGUAGUAUGCUUGCUAUUGCAAAGCCCAAAUACCUGCAGAUAUGUAAUUAGUUGUCAAUAAGGUGUAAGAAAAUGUCCUGGCUACAAAAGAAAUGUUGACGCCUGAGGUUCUGCUUUGGUAGGUGCUUUUUAUUUGGUGUCAGUGAGAAUUCUUGCUUAUUUAAUAAGAUUAAGACAGUGGGACAAAUUCCUGAUAUGAAUUUGCUACUGUAUGGAUUUUUGUUUUAAAUAAUAAAUAAGGCCCAUUUAUGUGCAGUAAGAGAAUAGCACAUCUGGAAGCCAUGUUUGUAUGCUGUAGACAUAGUGUAUAUUUCUAAGAAUCUAAAGAGUAAUGUCUUAAGUAUAUUUUCUUUUCUUUUAUGAUAUAUAUAUUCAGAUUUUUUUUUCCCCAGUGACGUUGCUGCCGGUUCUUUAUACUCAUAUUAUCUUAUGGCUGGAGUUUGGCUCUUUUUUGCGGUCAGGGAUGCUUUAAAUUGUGAACUCAAAUCCACACACCCCAUACAACAUUUAUUUUAUAAACAUAAUAGAACUAUUCAUACUGUAUAAGGGAAAUGAUUUAAAUAUUUACAGUAAUAUUGUGAUAGUUUGUUGGAGCCUUAAAGUUUUUUUUUUUUAAUCCCUGACAGAAAACAUGAGGUUUACGUUAUAUACGUUAUAUAUAGACCAGCUUAUUUCAGAUUUUUUGAGGUUUGAAUUAAAUCUAUCUAAUUUCACUGAGCUGACAAACCAACUGUAAGAAUGCCAUAAAAUUCGAUAGCUUUGAAUUAUAAUUUGUGCCACUAAAAAAUAUGAGGACACCACAGGGCUAUGAUUCACAGAGCCCACUUCUGGAGCUGCUGCCUUUUAGGAUGGUGAUUAUAGAGAAUGUGGUAGCAGCCAUAAAAUACUGUACCUCUAUGUACACCACUGUAUUAGAAACACCUGCUUAUUUAUGGAGCUAUUCAAUCGGCCAAUCAUGUCGCAGCAGCACAAUGCAUACAAUCAUGCAGAUACAGGUCAAGAACUUCAGUUAAUGUUUACAUCAAACAUCAGAAUGAGGAAAAUGGGGAUCUCUGUGACUCCAAGGCUGUUUGUUGGUGCCAGAUGGGCUGGUUUGUGUAUAUCAGACUCUGUUGAUCUCCAGGCAAUUUCAUGCACAACAAGUAUCUCGAGUUUAUACAGAAUGGUACAAAAAAAUAUAAAUAUCUUACCUAUAGAGGGUCUGCAGGCUUUAUUCGAGAGCCCAGAGGAGAAGCUGGUCUGAGCUGAGAGGUCAAUAGUAACUCGAGUAAUCAGUUUUAACAACCGUGUUGAGCAGAAAAGCAUUUCAGAAUUUACAGCAUAUCAAACCUUGUGGUAAAUGAACUAGAACAGCAAAAGACCAAAUCAGGUUCUAUUUAUUUCAACCAAGAACAAGAAUGUUCACAGACUCAAGAUGGACAGUUGAAAAAAAUCUCAUUUCAACCUCUAAUUUCUGUAAGCCUGUGCCUAUAUUAGCCUUACAUCUUUUUUCUUGGCUCACAGUGAUGUGACAUGACAUACAGCUAAGUUUGGUGACCCAUACUCAGAAUUCGUCCUCUGCAUUUAACCCAUCCAAAGUGCGCACACAGCAGUGAACACACACCCGGAGCAGUGGGCAGCCAUUUAUGCUGCAGUGCCUGGGGAGCAGUUGGGGGAUUCGGUGCCUUGAUCAAGGGCACCUCAGUCGUGGUAUUGCCGGCCCGAGACUCUAAACCCUGAUGCUGUCUACUACUGUUGUAGCUCAUCUGUUUUGUGCAUGCUGAGAUGAUUUUCUUCUCCACAUGGUUGUACAGAGUGAUUAUAUAUUACUGAUCCUUCUGGACGGUUUGAACCAUUUUGUCCAUUUCCCUCUGAUCUCUCGCAUCGACAAGCCAAGACUAUCCUGCAUAACUCAAGGGUGUGUGUGUGUGUGUGUGUGUGUGUGUGUGUGUGUGUGUGUGUGUGUGUGAGAAAUACUUUCUCAAACUCUUCUUACUCAAACCAGCCCAUGUAGCAUUAAAAUCCAUGCUACAGGGUCAAAGUCACAAAGAUCAGCCAGCAUUUUCUUCAUACUGAUAUUUGGUGACAUAAACUGAAACUCUUGACCCGUAUCUAUAAGGUGUUCUUUUUUUUUUUUGCACUGCUGCCACACUGGUUAGCUAACUGCAUGAAUGUGGAGGUGUACAGAUGUUCAGUGAGUGUAUGUUUGUAUUUGUUUAUAUAAGUUAAAUUGUGACUUAAGGCUCGUAAUGCAUUUUUGUACAUGCCUGUGUUGCUGCUGUCUUAAACCAUUUCCUAUUACAAAA